AUAAUUGAAAACACUCACGUCGCCAUUCGGGAACGGGAGCUGUAUGAAGAUGCUCGCGAGUCGUCGUUUGGCUCUAUUCGCAGCCCACGGCCGAAUCAGGCUAGCGUAUUGCUGGAUUGGGCAAGUCUCGGGCUGGCUGCACCUGUUUCUCAACGCCAUCAGCGGUGUACGAUGGACGAAUGCCUUUCUUGUUCCACCAGCUGAAUGCCCAUCUAGACUGGCGGACAAUGAGAGCAUCAUCAGCCUGUCGACAUUAUUCGACAUCGAAAUGCGUGCGGCUGGGAAAGGCGAUCGGAUCGUCGACUUGUAGCCUUGCGUGGCCAUCGAGGCGGCCCAGCUCAUCUCCUCGCGGAGACUUGCUGUUCAAACUUCCCUCGAGUUUACCUGAUAGACCAAGCGAAAGCACUAGGAACGCUCGAUGGUCUGCCUGGAACAAAUCUCGACUCGUGUCGAUCACGGCCGGAAAUGCAACGAAUCAGAGUACUGCAGCGGCCGGUACGGAGGUACUUACGAACUUCCCAGUGAGCAUGCCAUGGAGGAGGGGAAAUGGUCGGAAGACGGCAUCGGGUAUACCCGCCCACCACUCAGCCUUGCGUUUUAACACCGCUUAUCGAUCUUUCUCUCCUCUUUCUCUUUCUCUUCCUUACCCUCAUCUCUCUUCGACAAUCUCAAGGCUAAUACUCUUUACAUCUCUCUUCGUCUCUUGUCGAUCUUGCAUCGAUUUUCUGGCAUCUGGCAGCAAUCCCUCUUUCCUUUCCCUCUCUACUUGCGGCACUCUUGGUGUCGCCUCAAGAACCCCUCGUCGUCGGCAGAUGUAAUCGAUUAGUAUCGAUCAACACGAGACCUGGUCGGACGAAGCAGCUAGCAACCUUGGUACAACCAUUUUGUCAUCGGUAGACGUCUUCCAACUCUCCAU